AUGGCGCGGUUGUUCGUGCUUCUCGUUCUAGUAGCAGCGCAGCAUGCGGCCGCCAUGCAGUUGAGCUCAGCCCUCAAGCCCUCAAGCCCAUUGAGCUCUUCAAUGCACCCUAUGCCGUCCUUGAUGAUGGAGAGCCAUGGUAGGAAGCUCCGUGUGAACGCGCAAUUUGAUGCGAUGAGAACAAUGGCACGAGCAGGGGCUGCCGCAAUCUUCUUGGACGGCUUGCGAGCCAUGAUGAAUCCUGCUUUGCGCAUGAAUUUUCUUAGCAGUGCGUACACACUCUUAGCUUGUACUGUUGUGUCGAUUUCAAUGUAUGGUCGCGGGCAUGAAUGGAUUAUGGGGAAAUGGAAGGCUGCAAUCCCUGGGUCAUGGCAGACAUUCGCGCAACCUCUCGCUGCGAUUACGUCACAACGAGCUUCAUCUCUCUCCAUGGAUGCUAUCCAUGGAUUUGGACGUCGUGUAUGUCCAGCCAUGUCUUUCGGAGCAAGCAAUAUGAUCACUCCCUUGGCAGCUGAGAUUUUCCUUUUUUCUGCUUUUGUGUCUCGGCUCCUUGAGCCCACUACCUUGGUACCUUCAAAGCUAGCACAUGCAGUGACACAAGAAAGUCUUCAGAACAAUGCUAUUGCUGCAGCGUGCGGAGAGUCAUCGCAAAGUUACUCCUUCUCUCGUAAGCAUGUCGGAACAAAGAAACCGUCACGCUGA